CGACAUGUCCUUGUCUGUGCCUUUUAAUCGGCUAUUGGAAAAUAAAAGGCAUUCCCAGUCAGUCCGCGUCUCAUAUACACCCAGUAGGAAAUUGAAGGUAAAACCGUAACGGAGUGUGGAAAUAUACCCAAUUUUGACUGAACGGGGACUUCUUUUCCACCGCUAGAAGAGGCUCAUCUGGCCACAACAACUGGGCUGGAGCGCAACGUGUCUGCAGGUGGUGACACCGCAGUAGUCGCGCUGAGUGUGUGUGUGUGUGUGUGUGUGUGUGGAAGUGGUCGCUUUCAUGGAGCUGCUGGAGCGAUCAUCUCCGUGAUUCACGCCCGGAUUCAGACCCAUCGAAGACGGCAUCGUGGAUAUGGCAUGGUGCAUGCCGCUGGGCCAAGUUUCCAGCCUCUGAAAAACACAGGAAUUAUGGACAGUCAUCCUCUGUGCAAUAGACUUUGUCCACACUCCCUGGACAAAGAGGAUGGAGUCGAGAGACAAGGUCCUGUCACUUUGAACCCUCGACACAUGAGGAAGGCAUUUAAAGUCAUGAAUGAGCUGCGCAGCCAGAGCCUGUUGUGUGACGUGACUAUAGUGGCAGAAGAUGUAGAGAUCUCUGCUCACAGAGUGGUUCUGGCUGCUGGAAGCCCUUACUUCCAUGCUAUGUUCACUGGGGAGAUGACAGAGAGCAGGGCAAAACGAGUGAGGAUAAAGGAGAUGGACGGUUGGACUCUGGGCCUGCUUGUAGACUACAUCUACACAGCAGAAAUACAGGUCACAGAAGACAAUGUUCAGGCACUCUUGCCUGCAGCAGGACUGCUCCAGCUCAAUGAGGUGAAAAAGGCUUGUUGUGAGUUCCUGAGCUCCCAGCUCCAUCCGUCCAACUGCCUGGGGAUUCGAGCCUUCGCUGACCUACACGCCUGCUCCCAACUCCUUGCGCAGGCAAACAGCUAUGCAGAGCAACACUUUACAGAGGUGGUUGGAAGUGAAGAGUUUCUUAAUUUGGGCAUGGAUCAAGUGUCUAGCCUGAUCUCCAGUGACAAGCUCACCAUCCCCACAGAGGAGAAGGUUUUCGAAGCAGUGAUAGCUUGGGUCAACCAUGAUAAAGAUGUCCGCCAGGAACAUUUGGCUCACCUGAUGGAACAUGUUCGACUGCCGCUCCUCUCCAGAGAAUACCUGGUCCAGCGGGUGGAGGAGGAGUCCCUGAUAAAGAACAGCAGUGCAUGUAAAGACUACCUGAUUGAGGCUAUGAAGUACCACCUACUGCCAGCGGAUCAGAGAGCUCUGAUGAAGACCGCUCGCACUCGCAUGAGAACUCCAGCCUGUUGUCCUAAGGUACAAACACAGUCUCAGGUGAUGGUGGUUGUUGGAGGCCAGGCUCCUAAAGCUAUCCGGAGUGUUGAAUGUUAUGAUUUUGAGGAACAACGAUGGUACCAAGUAGCUGAACUUCCAACUAGGAGGUGCAGAGCAGGUGUGGUGUACAUGGGUGGGUGUGUGUACGGGGUUGGUGGUUUUAACGGCUCCUUGCGUGUGCGGACGGUCGACUGCUACGACCCGAUGAUGGACCGCUGGACGAAUGUGAGUAGCAUGCAGGACCGGCGGUCGACGCUUGGGGCUGCGGUUCUCAACGGCCUCCUCUACGCUGUGGGAGGCUUCGACGGCAGCACAGGUCUGUCCACAGUUGAAGCAUAUAAUGCCAAGACAGACGAGUGGUUCCACGUCUUACCCAUGAGCACCAGACGCAGCAGCGUAGGAGUGGGUGUCGUCAGUGGUAUCCUGUACGCUGUUGGAGGUUAUGAUGGAGCCACCAGGCAAUGUUUAAGUACGGUAGAAGCUUACAACCCUAAAAGCAACACAUGGAGCUAUAUAGCAGAGAUGGGUACAAGACGCAGUGGAGCAGGUGUAGGUGUGCUAAAAGGCUUACUGUAUGCUGUGGGGGGGCAUGACGGUCCGUUGGUGAGGAAGAGCUGUGAAGUUUAUGACCCAGCCUCAAACACCUGGCGUCAAGUAGCUGACAUGAACAUGUGUCGACGCAAUGCGGGUAUGUGUGCUGUGAACAACAUACUGUACGUGGUGGGAGGAGAUGAUGGCAGCUGCAAUUUGGCCUCGGUGGAGUUCUAUAAUCCAAACUCUGAUAAGUGGACGCUACUGCCCACUUGCAUGAGCACAGGCCGCAGUUAUGCAGGCGUUACUGUGAUCGACAAGCCCUUAUGACUGCUCUUCACACCUGCCACUGACUGAGAGCAGAAUGUUUUCUCUCGCCAAACACUGAUCUUGGAUCUACCUACGAUGCCAAUGCUUCAAUGUUGCGCAGCAUUAGCAGAAGCACUGACGACGACGAUGAAGAACAGAGCAAGAUUGUUAUUAGUGAGGGUGAUGAAGAUUUUUGCACUUACCGGUACCUGAAUGGCUGGGCGGGGGAGCCGUUACAAACGACGGUGCCAAACCUGUGUUUUAAUCCGCUCCUGGUCGGACUGCAGCAGUGACUGGACAGCCCAGUUUGAAGCACUACUUUACCACUGCAGUGCCAUAGAAAUGCUACUGAUACGAAGCUGCUGUAACAGCAAAGUUAUUUUAACACUAGUAAUGUUAACUUGAACCAGCUCUGAGACAGACCACUCGUCUAACCUGUGGGAAAGAAGAGCAGAGAAGGACCAUUCUGGACUAAAACUAGUUUCUCCUUGAUUUUUCUUCUCCUGAGAAGUGUGCUUGUGUAUAUGUGCUAGCAUAUAAAGGUGCUCCUUUGCCUGCACAGGUGAGCAUGUGUGUUUGUGCGCAUCUGAGUCUGUGUGUGGUGAAGCCUGGUUCGACGCCGCAUGAACACACUGUCCAACUUUUAAGUAAUUAUAGUGAUGCAGUGAGGCUGUUUGGAGUGCCUGAAUGAAAACACUGUUCCCUUCACUCUUCUACUUCUUCUUCCCCUUUUGUUAAGCCUUGAGUACUGUUACUGGACAGAGCACAGCUGGACUCAGCUGCUUUUCUGGGAUAAAGAAAUAAACUCUGACUUCAGAUCAGUGAGUUGAGUGCGUUGUCUCAGACAAGUGAUGGGAGAAGUUUCAGAAUGUGAUAUACAUUUUUUUUUAUGUAGAGAAACUGGACUUUUAUUUAAAUAUGAACUCCUCUGGUGAGGGGGAAGCCUCAUUCAUGUUGCCAAAAACAGUGACAGACAGAGAUGCUGUUUAAAAGGAAAAACAGGUGGAUAUAUCUGUUCUUUACUGUGGCCUGUCAGCCAUAUGUACUGUGGUUGUAACCACUAAUGACGGAAGCAGCCCGAACUCACUGCAUGGUCCCUUUCUCUAACCUGUUGUCCUUCAGCAGUUCCCUUCCCUCCUUUGGUGUAACAACCCUAUUAACUACUGCUCACCCUGACAUACUAUGAAUGUGCCAAUUUUAAUAUGUCUCCUCUUUUUUGUCUCUCUUAAUUGCUCUGUCACUACUCUGUUCUCUCUUUCUAGACAGUGACCAAACCUCUUCUUCUUGUCUCAUUUUCUCCAGUCUUUUAAUUUUCCUUCUUGCCUCUCCUGCUAUAUUCAAAAUUGCUAUACUAGUAACUGGUAUCGCUAUUUCUCGUCAGUGUAUUGAGGAAUGUCAUGUAGGCUUAUAACUUUGAAAAUGUUUCAAUACUUGUUUUAUAUUAUCGUUAAUAAAUAUGCUUCUUGUAUUUAAAGCUGUGAAAUGUUAUAAUCUGUUUUUAAA